AUGCCAAUGAUUGAAAUUGUGCCUAAGGAGGCAAAGGUUAAGGAAUCUAAGAAUGAGAAGAACUACAAUGUUAUUCUCAAGGAUGUGCAAAAGAGCGGUUGUUCGAGUCAGGCUGAUCUAUUGAGAUGGGUAAAGGAACAUGUUGAUGAAGUCAACAGGUGGUUCCCAAAUCCAAAGCCAGUAUUGGCCGACUAUGGCAAUACAACCAAUUUGAAGAAACAUAUUCAACACCAUCAUAAAGAAGCAUACCAAGAAACAACAAAAAGGCUCGAAGAAACGGUGACAGCAUCGAAGAGAAAACAGCCUGAAGACAUUAGUGAGCCAGGUACGAAGGGUAAGCAGAUAAAAAUGGAACAGUUUGUGAGCCAUGUUAACAGGUGGGCUGCAAAUGAUCAUCGCACGUUGGCGGCAGACAGGAAGUUAACAGAAAUGAUCUGUUUAGACAUGCAGCCGAUGUCCAUGGUUGAAGAUACUGGCUUCAAGACUUUUGUCGACACUCUGCAGCCAUCCUACAGUUUGCCAACAAGGAAACACUUGAGGUGGAAUCUAAUUCCAAAGCUCUACAAUGAAAUCAAGGCCAACAUCAAACAACAGCUUGAAAUGGUGGAGAUUGUUAGCAUAACAACUGACCACUGGACAUCCCGUGCGAAUGAUGCGUACAUGUCAGUAACAGCGCACAUCCUUACAGAAGAUUUUGAGCUCAAAGAUUUCUGCCUGGACGUUGCAUACAUGCCCCAGAGCCACAAUGCUGAGAACAUAUCACGGGCACUUGUUGACAGUGUGAAGAGCUGGAUACCUGGUGCCGGAACUAAUAAAGAAGUGAAAAUAUAUGUAGUGUCGGAUAAUGCGGCCAAUAUUCAAGCUGCAUGUCGAUUGCUUCCAGACAACUACAGAGCAUUGAACUGUUUUGCACAUACGCUACAACUUGUAAUCAAAGAUGGACUGAAAGAAUUCACUGGAGCCCAGAAUGUAAUUUCCAAGUGCCAGAACAUCGUGAAUCACUUUCACCACUCAGCAAAAUCUACACAUAUGUUGAAAGGCAUGCAAAAAACAAUGCAGAUGCCAGACCACAAACUAAAAUCACAGUGCGAAACCCGAUGGAAUUCAACAUUCCAAAUGAUUGAUGGUGGAGCAAAAACAUGCAUUGAAUGCCACUCUUGCAUCUAUAACGAAAGUCAACAACCUUUCCGCACACGAAUGGAAGACUGCCGAGGAGUAUGUGCAAGUUCUUCGUCCAUUUGA